AUGCGCGUCAGCGACAGGGCAGGCCUGCAAGAAGAGAAGACGGCGUAUGGUACGCUAGGCUUUGCCCGCGGCACGCCGCCCUGUAUGGGCAUGCUAGUUCGCGGCGCAAGUGUGCGGUGGAAGGCUGCGUGGAACUCAGCCGUACCACCAAAGGUGGAGUGCGGCUGUGCAAGCUCCACGGCUCCAAGGAGGAACGAAAACCUCCCGCCAGUUCCGUCUCUAAUAGACCUUUGGAACCUGACAAGCCGACCCCGCGGCGCGCUUCCGCGCCCGGGGAUGCUGGGGCCCCGUCAGACGGCCCGACUACCCCGCGGAACUCCCCGACUAGGCCUCGCAGCACUUCUACACCACCGGGUGUUGGGCGAGCUCAGGGCGAGACUGAGCCUCAGCUGCUCAGCCUUACGUGGGAUGAGGUUGCUAAUCUCCCGGACCCCGCGGUUCGCUUGCGAGCAAUUCGGGCGAAGACUUCCACGGGACGAGAUAGUGAGGAAAGAGCCGAACCAUCAGGGAGGCAAACUGGUGCUCAACGUCGCCCUUGGGCAGCCCGCUGCCAAGGCUCACCUGGCGGCUUGCCAAGAGUACGGCCUUGACCCUCUCUCGCAUCCCUUAAUUGUGCAGUUGGCCGCUCGAGAGUACCUGCCUCGGCUGCCCUUGCAGGCGACUUGCGCGGAAGGUUUUAGAGGAAGUUGCCGAGCACGGUCAAAGCUGUCGGCGAUCGGCCGGCAGGAAGAGAGACUCGUCUUUCUUCUCCGGGGGUGCGACAGCCUCGAUGUGCCUCUGGCCGCUGGCGUGGUAGGCAAAGAGCUCUUCCACAGCCUCAGGGCUGCAGCCACUCAGGCCAGACCGAAGUUACGGCAGUUGCGCUUCCCAGUUAACUUGACAAACCGCCUUUGCUACGCCUUGGCAUCGGCACGUCCCCGGGGCCCUACAACCGUCAGCACUUGGCUGCGGAACGCACUUCGGCAAGCAUGGGGUCUAGCCUGUGUCUACGGCCAGCAGCAUUAUGCGGUUUGGGAAGCCGCCGCCCUUCACCUGACCAAGUUGGGGGAGGAGCACAGUUACGCAUGGCCGGCGCAUGUUAUUUUUGACGCGUGGGAAGAGCUUUGGGCCCGCUUCUUCGAGGAGCUGCGGGAAGUCGACCGGGAACUCCGGCGACUCAUGCGUGAGGAGUCCCCUACUUUUGACCGCAUGAAGUUUGUGGCAACAGCUCCCAACUCCGAAGGCCAGCCCUGUGGCUUCGCUUGCCGGGAACUUUCAGGUUGGAUGACCCGCAAAAGUACUUUACCACCGAUGUCCUUGAUCGGCUCCAACGGCAGCCGUCUCGAGCCGCAUGGGCACAGGCACUGCGCGGGCCCUCGUGGCAGGGCUGGAGAUGCCUCGGGGGAUGGGCAGACGGGCCAACCUGGGAAGACUGAGGAAAUGACAAGCUUGCACAGCCUGGAAGCCCAGGAUCAAGCUGCUAAGGUCCAAGAGGGGGGCGGCGAACUUGAUGCCGAGGCCCAACUCCCCGAGGCUCGCUUCGAGCCCGGGAAGACGGGCACUCACGCCAGCAACGAGCCACCGGAGGAGCUCCGUCAGGCUACACCCUUCAAGAGGAGGGCCUUCGUAAACUCGUCCAGGGCGCGGAUUAUGGACCAAGGACGCGCCAAGGCAGCUGCGGAGGAGUUGCCGGCUGACUAUGAGUCACCGGGACACGCAAUGCGAGCGGUCGAAGCCUUGUUAGCGUCACAGGACCCGCCCCUUGCCGGAAUGCCAGACUUGCUCACCGUGUUCGUCCGGGACUACCUUCUUCACGAUGAAUCCCAGGCUUCUCCACAGGAGCGGCUGCAGGCCUGCUUCCAGGUCACAGCCACACUUGGGGGGCCUGAGCUCGCAUCACAGGCGGCAGACUACCUGGAGUCCACUCAGCGGUUAUCCCAUGUGGGUUCGGUCUCCGCUUCUGCGACGGACCGGCUCCCACUUAGCCCUGAACUGCAGGCCCUUUUGGGGCGUAGCGAGACCGAAGAACCCAAGCAGUGUAUGCUGCUCCACGUCGCCGCUGGAGUUCUGGCCACAGAGGGUGAGUUGCCAGCCGCACAGAGCCUAGGACAGGUUGCCCGCGAGGCUAUGUACCAUGCGGCGCGUGAGGUCGAAGCCCAACUCGGGCCGCCUCCGGAGUAUCUCACGCGCGCGGAGGCCGACUUCAGAGUGUUCAACCAUGACGUGUUGCAUUUUGGCCAUGAUCGGGACUAUCGCACCUUGGUUGCUUACCCGCAACCUUGCUGGGAGCAUCUGACAUUCGGAAUGUGGCGGGUGGAGCCCCGCGGUAGGGCACAUGCGGUUGCUCCUCCGCCCGCCUUUGCGACUUUUCCGUUCGGGCGUGAGCUCCUCAUGGUUGGUUGGGAGCCCCACCUCGAGGCGGCGAAACCGGCCGAGGCCUGUCUUCCGGCCCGCCGUGUUCUCGCCUGCCCGGUGUGUCGGGCGGCUUGUUUCAAGCCCGGGGCACUGGUUGCUUCAGCCCGAAUCACUGCGGAGGACAUGGAGCGUUUUUUCGGGUGCACGACGUUCCGCAAAUUCUCGUUCUGGGCUUUCCCGGGCGGCGCUUCUUCACAGCUGCUCGAUAGCUUCGAGGGUAAUCGCGUCCUCUUCUGGGUCGGGCCCGAGCUUGUCAUGCCUGCCGGGCCGUUCCAUGCUUUCGUGGAGUUCCUCGGCGUCCUUCAGGCCCAUGUCGAGGCACGCGGCCUGGCAUCGCCUUUGGACGCACAAGCGCCUGCGCCAACUCCCAUGUUGGGGGUUGUCGCCUCCGCGCUCCUGCUCUCCGUCCAGGCUUUGACCGGGGGGGCGGAUGCACCGGUGCGCGGCCUCUCCGCGCCCCACAUGGCCGGGUUCGCCGAAGCUGCACGUUUGGGCGUCAAGGCUCGCGCGGCCGCCUCGUCCUUUCCGGAAGAUUUGAGGGCCUUACGCAGGGGUUGGACGCUACGUCAAGGUGAUCAUUUCCGCGGCCUCUUCGAAUCCGCGCUGGACGACUUGCUCCCUCCGGAUCUCCUCCUUUGGCUCAGGCAUACGGCUAAACUCAAGGAGUUGACGCUCGGUAUGAAGGCGAUCGCCAGCGCGUGCGGGCCUCUCCGCAAGGGUAAGAUCCGUGCCAGACGUUCAGCGGGAUGUUGCGCAACGGGCACGCGCGGAGUCGGAGUACCUCAAGUCGCUGACGAGAUCCGAGCCCUCGAGCAAAGUAACCCGGUCCGCCCCUCAGCAGGCGCCCCCAAGACCUCGGACGCCCGCCUGCAGCAAGCGAUUGCCGCGGGCAUGCCCAUUUUUGGUGGAAAGGCGUAA